AUGAACCACUUAGGAUCCCUGAGCGCCAGAUCGGCCAAGAGAUCAGUCCAGUCCCCUAGUGCCCCUGCAGGGGCACAGUCUACUCUGGAGGGGGCUCCCCUGGCCCUUUGCGGGGCGGGGUCUGCUCUCUGUGGGGGCUCCCAGACCGCUGGACCCAGGUAUCCUCAGCCAUGCCCCUGGGGCGGGGAGGUCCGGCCUUCGGUCCCCCUGCUGGACUCAGGGCUGCAAAAGAUGGGCGCUUCCCUGGGGGGGGGGCCACGGGGCAGGAGCCCUGACCCCGGGGGCUGCGCUUGUCGUGGGGGGAGGGCGCUGAAGGGCCCCUCAGAGCAAAGGAAGAAAUACUCCAACUCCAACGUCAUCAUGCAGGAGACGUCCCAGUACCACGUUCAGCAUCUGGCCACGUUCAUCAUGGACAAGAGCGAGUCCAUCGUCACGGUGGAGGACGCCGUCCGCAAGCUGGUCCAGCUGAGCUCCAAGGAGAAGAUCUGGACCCAGGAGAUGCUGCUGCAGGUCAACGACUCCUCCCUGAAGCUGCUGGACUGCGAGUCCCAGGAGGAGCUGGAGCACUUCCCGCUGGGCACGGUGCAGCACUGCCAGACCGUGCUGAACCAGCUGCGCUACCCCUCCGUGCUGCUGCUGGUGUGCCAGGACUCGGAGCAGCACAAGCCCGACGUGCACUUUUUCUACUGCGACGAGGUGGAGGCAGAGCUGGUGCACGAAGACAUCGAGAGCGCGCUGGCGGACCGCCGGAUGGGCAAGAAGAUGCGGCCGCAGACGCUCAAGGGCCACCAGGAAAAGAUCCGGCAGCGCCUCUCCAUCCUUCCGCCGGCCCGAGGGCCUGCGCCCAUCUCCUUCCACAGAGACGCCGGCUGCUCCAAGAACCGCGUAGCUGCUCCCGUGCCCCUCAGUGCGCCAGAUUAUGGGCGAAGAGACUCGGGCUCUCAGGAAGAGGAGCCCAGGGCUCUCCUGGCCCAGAAGAUCGAGAAGGAGACGCAAAUCCUCAACUGCGCCCUGGAUGACAUCGAGCUGUUUGUGGCCCGCCUGCAGAAGGCGGCAGAAGCCUUUCGGCAGCUCAACCAGAGGAAGAAGGGAAAGAAGAGCAGGAAGAAAGGGCCGGCAGAGGGGGUCUUGACCCUCAGGGCCAGGCCCCCCUCCGAGGCCGACUUUGUCGACUGCUUCCAGAAAAUGAAGCUGGCCCUCAACCUGCUGGCCAAGCUGAGAAAGCACAUCCAGAAUCCGAGCGCUGCUGAGCUGGUCCACUUUCUCCUGGGCCCCCUGGAGCUGAUCAUCAACAGCUGUGGGGGCCCUGACAUAGCCCGCUCCGUGUGCAGCCCCCUGCUGUCCCGAGACACCGUGGACUUCCUGAAGGGCCACCUGAUUCCCAAGGAGAUGGCCCUGUGGGAGUCGCUGGGAGAGACAUGGACCCGCUCUCGGGCCGAGUGGCCUCGAGACGCCCCCGUGCCCCCCUACAUCCCAAAGUUCCACAACGGCUGGGAGCCCCCGUUGGACGUGCUGCAGGGGGCCCCCUGGGAGGUGGAAGGUGGGCCACUGCCAGACACUGAGCUGAGCCCGGCCAACGGGGCCCCUUACCGCCAUUCCCUGAGGCACAGCCCGGGCCCCGAGCCUGCGCCCCUCGGAGACGGCUUCCCGCCAGGGGGCUCCCCCAACACCAACAGCCUCCAGGGGCUUGUAGGAAGGGGAGCCCCCAGGAGCCGGAUGGUGACCCGCAGGCUCUUGGCCUCUGGGGGCUUGUUAGAAGGGGAGCCCCCCAGCAUCGGGAGCCGGACGGGUGGGACUGGGUACCGUUUGCCCGAGGUGAAGAGGAGAGGAGGCCCCCGGUUUGCUUUUGGUUGGCAGCUUUGCCUGGGCCUGCCUGAGGGAGGAAAGCGGGUGCUGGAAGACAACAAGCAGUGGUGGAAGCUGAGGAACCGCAGCGGACAGGCCGGCUACGUGCCCUUCAACAUCCUGGACGCCAUCAGCCCAGAAGACGCCCUCAGUGAGCAGGAGAACCAGAAGUACCGCGGGGACCUGAGUCCCCGGGGCCCAGGCCCCACCAGCCCCUUCCACAAGCUGCCCCUCAGCUACCCCGGGAACAAGGAUGCCAAAGAGCAGCUCAUCCACCACAUGGACGAGCUUAACCACGAGCUCAUCAUGAAGAUCACCAACUCCCGGGGGCAGCCUCCGCACAGGAACUUCCGGGUCGAGAAGAGCAGGCCGGCGGCCCCGCUGACCUAUGACUCCAGUGCCCAGGAGGUCAGGAUGUGGCUGGAAGCCAAGUCCUUCAGCCCAGGGAUUGUGGAGCACCUGGGCAUCCUGACGGGCGCCCAGCUCUUUUCCCUUAACAAAGAGGAGCUGAAGAAAGUGUGUGGGGACGAGGGUGCCCGUGUCUACAGCCAGCUGACUGUGCAGAAGGGCUUCCUGGAGAAGAACCAGGCUGGGUCGGAGCUCGAGGAGCUGCUGCAGAAGUUCCAGAAGAAGACCAUGGAGGAGGGCCAGAGCUAGGCCUUGGGGGGCGGGGAGGGGCGGGGCCCCGCUGCUCUGCUGACCCCGCCCGCCUCAGGAUAGGGCGAAGUAUUAUCGCGCUGUUCCUGCUGUUUUCUGGGGAGGACGCUCGGCGUGGGGGCAGCCGGCCCGGCCCCCCGGCCCCCGUCCCCGCCCCCGGCCCCCGGGCCAGGCCCCCCCCCCCUCCUUUCCCCCCCCCCCCACUUCCUGAGAACGCUGCUGCACCUGCUCUGGGCCCGGACCCGGAAGGAGACCCCCAUCUGGCCCUCCGGACAUCUCCGGCCGCUUCUGUGAGCGCCGCCCAGGAGGGCUCCCAGA